GUUGUUGCCACCUGCAUUGAUAACUUUGUGAAAAUAUAUAUAACAAUUUUCAUGAAUGUUAGCCCAAUAAUGAGGAGAAUAAUCGCUAGCUUGGGCUACAAACAUUACUAAUUUGUGUUCUAAAGGCUCAAGAUUUUUAGAGUGGAUUGGACUAUUAUUUCCAAUCCGGUGACAAUGUUUUGGUGUAUCAUGUAUGGUAUAUCAUAUCAUUCGACAUACUAAAGGAAUGAAUCCGUGUUAUAAUACGGGUAUAUUAACAUAACUUCAGGUUUUUGUCGAAAACACUUCACGAGUCGGAUUGUCAUUAUGUUUUAUUGUAUUCUUGAUACAAAAUUUCGUAAGUGUACUUGGACCGUUCGUGACUUCAAUGAGUGUUUUAUGUCUGUAAAGAAACUAUUCCACAAAUUGUCCAAUGGGCCAUUGUCUCAGCUGUUUCGAAAAUCAAGCUAAUGCUGAUGUCACAGCCUCCCAUAGAAAUAAAGAUGAUAUGACAGAGAUUGUAGCUUCCCACCAGGUGCCUGCUGUUACUAUUACAGAUUAUCUACAAGAAGUGCCACUACUGCCUGACAAUGACAACACUGUGAACAAUUGCCGCUAUGCUAGUAACAUGAAUAAUGAUAACAUAAUAAAUACCUUUGGAGAAACAUGUUCAACAGAAAUGGUAAACUCACAGAAGUCAUAUACUGACAAGGUUCCUAAACCUUUCUACCAAAAGUUACCAUCCAUUCCGAGAACAAUGUCCUCACUGGCGUCAAGUGAACCUCGUGUCUCAGAAUGUAAGAUAAAUCAGUUGUUUGAUCAAUACAAGGACUCAUUGGAAGAAGCCAUCCUUGCAGAAGGCAUUGAAAACCUUUGUAAUGACUUACAAUUGAAUCCAGAUGAUUUUAAGGUCCUUGUACUUGCUUGGAAAUUAAAUGCUAGUCAAAUGUGUAGGUUCACAAAAACAGAAUUCAUACAAGGCUUAAAGAAUAUGAAGACAGACUCCAUUAAAGGCAUACAACAUAAAUUAAAUGAGGUAAUAAGCGAGCUGAAUAGAGAAUCUGAGCAGUUCAAAGACUUGUAUAGAUUUACAUUUAAAUUUGGGUUGGAUGUGAGCACUGGUCAAAGAAUAUUACCAUCAGAUAUAGCUAUUUUGCUCUGGAGGUUAGUUUUCACGAACAACGAGCCUCCCAUACUUGAUCGUUGGCUUAGUUAUUUAGAGAAGAACACUCACAUCAGAGGAAUCCCCAAAGACACAUGGUACAUGUUCUUGAACUUUUGUGAAUUUGUGGGUGAUGAUCUCAGCAGCUAUGAUGACACAGAGGCUUGGCCAAGUCUCUUUGAUGACUUUGUAGAACAUGAAAAUGAUCAAGUUAAUCAAAAUGUCACAAAGAAUGACAUCAAAAUACAGGAUUGAAUUCCUACAUUUGCCAAAAUAUAGUAUAAGUACUUAAUAAAAGAUUAUUGAUAUUGAAGAGACUGAUAUAUCCUGUAUUGGUUAAUACAUAAAUUUUUGUGAAUGGAUUAUUAUCAUGCAGUUUGGAUCUGUAGUAAAUCACUGAUGUAUUUUCAGAAUGUCUUUUGUUUUUAUAUUAAAAAGAGAUAAUUUUUUAUUGGUGAGUUAUAAACAUAUGAGGUCAUUAUGGCUCUAUAUGCAUUAAUUUAUUAUAAAUUUAUUUAGAAUUAUACCAGUUCCUGGAAAUGAUAA